CAGCUUUAUCCGCUUUCGUCCUUAGCCCAGGAACAUGGGAGCAGAGUGCCGCCGAUAAGACACCUGCAUCAAGUCGAGUCCAAGCUGCCGACUCUCGACUGCAUCCAGGACUAAGACUGCUCAUCUGGUAUGCGACCAGAGCGAAAGACUUCCUCAGCCGUGUUCGUAUCACAGCCACCAAGUUCCGCCAGAGCAAACCUCAGCUAUCAGAUCUCAUUAGACGAGCAGGAUGCCUCAAGUCGAGGUUGAGAAUACAGACAUACCGGUCAUUGACAUCUCGAAUCCAAGUGACGAAAUAGCUCGCCAGGUUCUUGAUGCAGCUUCCACACAUGGCUUCCUUUUCAUCAAGAACGAUGGCGUGACAAUACCACCUCAAGACAUCGAUGACAUGUUUAAAGCUUCCAAAGAUUUCUUCAGUCGCAGUGAAGAACACAAGUCAGAGUACGCGAUCCACUCAGACCAAGCCGGCGGCAUCAACCGCGGCUGGGUAAAAAUGGCCGGCGAAGCCCUUGAUCCAGAAGGCCAAAAGCAAGGAGACCCCAAAGAAGCAUUUAACAUCGGCCCUCCGCAACCUUACCUCCAGCCCCUCCCUUCCCCCCUCUCCACCUCUUCUCCCCUAAUCCUCCGCUUCCAAAACGCAUGCCACGCACUCUGCACGCAGCUCCUCUCGCUCCUCGGAACCGCCCUCGAGACUACAGAUCCAGCUUACUUCGCUAGCCGGCACGACCAGUCCCGCGGGCCCUCGGGUACAAUCUUCAGAUUGCUGUACUACCCCUCCAGCACCUCGCACCAGAUCCGCGCCGGCGCGCACUCCGACUACGGGUCCCUGACGCUGCUAUUCCGCCUCCCAGGGCAACCGGGGCUGGAGCUCUUCUCGCCCACGAGUCGGACAUGGGUCCCUGUGCCCGUCAACCCGUCGCCUGCGACGCUGUCCUCGCCCCCAAUUCUAGUCAACAUUGGUGAUUUGCUGUCGUUCUGGACCGGCGGGUUGCUGAAGAGUACUGUGCACCGUGUGACGUUUAGUGGCGGCGGUGAGCGGUACAGUAUGGCGUAUUUCUGUCAUCCGUUGGAUGAGGCGCGACUCGAGAGGAUGAAGAGUAGGGUGUUGGAUGCUGGGGAUGGAGAGAAAGGGAGGGAGGAGCUGAGGAGUCAGAGGAAGAGGUUGGGGUUGAGGGAGGAUGGGAGGGAGGUGUUGACGGCGAAAGAGCAUUUGGAUCGGAGGCUGAAGGCCACGUAUGGGCUGUGAAGAGGACGAGUGAUGCACGGGGUAGUUGGACGGUGAGAAGAGAUGGUUUGUUGCUUGUCAUGAUGGUAUACCCGAACACCGUGUUUGAGUGCGUU